CAUUUGGCCAUGGCUGUCUACCUGCUCCUGAUUUUUCUCUUUCCCUUUAGUACAUCUCUUCAAAUGUCUGACAGUGGAAUAUUUUCAAUCUAUAAUGAAGAUAGCAAGCUCUGCGCCCAAGCUCAAAACUCUAGCUCGGUCAUAACUAUCGCUUGUGAUGAGCACAAUGAGUUUCAAAAGUUCAGGUGGGUCUCUGCCACGCAGCUGCUGAGCAUGGCACUCAAGCUGUGCCUGGGAGUGCUCGCCAAGGACGACGAGGCUGCCAUCACGUUGGAAUCCUGUAACAGGACGAAUGAGCUCCAGUGGUGGGAAUGUAGAAAUGAGAUGCUUGCAACCCACGGCAAGGAUUUAUUUUUCAACUAUGGCAGAGGGAAGGGGAAGAAAAUCAGGUUGUCCAAGGGAUCGGGCAAAGGGAGCAGGUGGAAAAUCCAUGGAACCGCAGACAGCGUGUGCUCCCAGCGCUAUGAGGAUAUCUAUACACUGGGAGGAAAUGCCUUUGGUGCACCUUGCGUGUUCCCUUUUAAGCUCAAUGGUAAAUGGUAUGCCGAGUGCAUCCCUCGGAGUCAUGACGCAGGCUCUCUCUGGUGUGCAACUUCUUCAGAUUUUGAUAAAGACCAAUUUUUUGGAAAUUGUCCACUAAAAGACACCAUCCACAAUGACCUUUGGAAAACAAAUCCUGUGACAGAAACCCACUAUCAGAUAAACUCAGAGUCGCUUUUGACAUGGCACCAAGCAAGAAAAAGCUGCCAGCAGCAGAAUGCAGAAUUAUUAAGUGUCACAGACCUUCAUGAAGAAAUGUAUUUAUUAGGGCUCACUAGUGACCUGGGUGUCAAUGUGAAGCUCUGGACUGGUCUUUUCAGUGCACUUGACAGUGGCUGGCAGUGGAUUGGGGGCAGUCCUUUCAGAUACCUAAACUGGGCUCCAGGAAAUCCCUCUGUGGAAUCUGGAAAAAUAUGUGGGACCUUCCAAGGUAGGAAUGGCAAAUGGGAAAACCAGGUGUGUGAUCGGAAACUGGGAUAUAUCUGCCAAAAGGGAAACUCCUCCUCAGAUUCCUCCACUAUUGCCUCAGGUGACUUAAAGCCUUUUAAGUGCCCCAGGGAAUGGGUGGCCUAUGCAGGCAGUUGCUAUAGAAUUUACAGAACACCCAAAAUAUGGAAAGAAGCCCAGUCUUCCUGUAGAAAAGAAGAUGGAGAGCUGGCGAGUAUUCAUAAUAUUGAGGAGUACAGUUUUACAGUGUCUCAGCUUGGGUACAAGCCAGAUGAUGAGCUGUGGAUUGGUCUAAAUGACUUCAGGGUUCAAAUGUAUUUUGAAUGGAGUGAUGGGACACCUGUGACUUAUACCAAGUGGCAUCAGAGAGAGCCAACCCACACACAGAAUAAGGCAGAUUGCAUCGUUAUGAAGGGAGAGGAUGGAUCCUGGGCUGACAGUGCUUGUGAAACGAAACUCGGUUACGUCUGUAAAAGGAAACCUUUGGCAGAAGAACCAGGGGAAGCUGAGGUUACUUACCCAGGCUGCCAGAAAGGCUGGAUGAAGCACGGCUUUUACUGCUAUUCUGUGGGGCAGUUACCAGCAACAUUUGCAGAAGCAAGACAAAUCUGUGAGGAAAACAAAGGUUACCUGGCUACUGUGACAGACAGAUAUGAACAAGCUUUUUUGACUUCUGUAAUUGGAUUCAAUCCAGCAAAGUAUUUCUGGAUUGGUCUCUCAGAUGCAGAGGAGCAGGGGACAUUCAGGUGGGCCAGCGGGGACCCGGUCACCUUCACUCACUGGAAUGCGGGAGUGCCUGGAAGAGAGUCAGGCUGCGUGGCCAUGGUAACAGGAACUUCAGCUGGAUUAUGGGAUAUUUUGAACUGUGAAGAAACAAACAUGUUUCUCUGCAAGCAGCUGGUGGAGGGAGUGACCCCACCUCCUCCUCCGACGACCCCUCUCCCGUCGUGCCCAGAGGGAUGGCAAUCCAUUCCUCAGAGCAGCUCCUGUUUCAAAAUUUUUCAGGGAGGAAGGGAGAAAAUGCAAACGUGGUUUGGUGCAAGAGAUUUUUGCAGAGCCAUCGGAGGAGACCUGGCAUGUAUCCACAGUGAAGAAGAACAAAACCUAAUAGCUGGCUUAAAUAGAGAUUAUCUUCAGUUAUCUUACUGGAUGGGUUUAAGUGCCUUGGACUCCAACAGCGGAUUUAUAUGGAGUGAUGGCUCACCAGUAAAUUUUGAAAAAUGGGCAAAUGGAGAACCAAACAAUUAUGAUGGAAAUGAAAAAUGUGGCGUGUUUAAUGGCUACAGUGAUAUGAGCUGGAAUGAUUUAUUUUGUGAACAUAUGCAGGACUAUGUCUGCCAAAUAAAAAAAGGAACACCACUGAAACCAGAGCCUACUUCCACAUUCAAUUAUGAAUAUGUUGUUAGUGAAGAUGACUGGAUAAUAUAUAAUCACAAGGAAUACUACUUCAGCAAGGAACCAAUGCCUAUGGAAAAAGCCAGGGACUUUUGCAAGAAGAAUGGUGGUGAUCUUGCUGUCAUUGAGAGUGAAAGUGAAAAAAAUUUUCUUUGGAAAUAUACUUUCUAUAAAGACUGGGGAAUUAACUUUUAUAUUGGCUUAAGCGUGAGCCUUGACAAGACAUUCCGAUGGAUGGAUGGAACUCCAGUGAACUAUGUUGCCUGGGCUCCAAAUGAACCCAAUUUUGCAAAUAAUGAUGAAAACUGUGUGGUCAUGUAUACCCAAACAGGUACAUGGAAUGAUCUCAACUGUGGCAACGUUGAGUUAUUCAUAUGUGAAAGACUUAACAAUACUGUUCGUCCACCUGUUGCUCCCACUUCACCACCACCAAAGGGCGGGUGUCCACAAGACUGGCUCCUCUUUGAUAACAAGUGUUUCAAAGUAUUUGGCCUUGAUGAAAAUGAUACAUUGACAUGGCAUGCUGCGCGGAACAAUUGUAUUAGUUUUGGAGGAAACCUGGCUACUAUAUCAAAAAAGGAAAUGCAAGCUUUCCUCAUGUCCCUCUUAAAAAACGCUGCAACUGAUGCUUGGAUUGGACUGAAUGACAUAAAUCAGGAGCACACAUACUUAUGGACAGAUGGAAGCCCAGUUUACUACACAAAUUGGGCGAAAGGUUCCCGAAGUUAUCAUAGUAAGGAUCAAUGUGUCUUUAUGAUGAAGAACCCUAUUGAACAGUCAGGGAAAUGGAAAGAUGAAGAAUGUAAAACAAGCAAAAGCUACAUAUGCCAGAAAAAUUCUGACCCCAAACUGCAAAAAUUCCAACCCGUAGUUCCAAUGUUUGGCUUUAACAAUUAUGGUGAUGACCGCUAUGCAGUCAUCAACUACAAAAUGAGCUGGGAAGAAGCACAGAAGAACUGCAGAGACCAGUCUGCAGAUCUCGCCAGCAUUUUGGAUCCUUAUGCUGAAUCUCACCUGUGGUUACAAAUAUUAAAGCAUGGGGAGCCUGUAUGGAUUGGUCUUAACAGCAACACCGCUCGUGGCCAUUACACAUGGUCAGAUAGAAGGAGGAGCAGAUAUCACAAUUGGGCCAGUGGAGAACCAAAUAAGAACACAGCCUGUGUCUAUUUAGAUUUGGAUGGUUUUUGGAAGACAGCAUCUUGCAACGAAACAUUUUUAUCUCUCUGUAAACAAUCCGAUGAGUUAAUCCCUAGUGAACCACCACAGCUUCCUGGAAAGUGUCCUGAACUGAAGCGUGGUAGAUAUUGGAUUCCCUUCCGUGGUCAUUGCUACUAUGUUCACACCACUUCCGAGGAAAGCUGGCCUGAUGCUUCCAUGAUGUGUAUUCAAAUGGGUGCUUCUCUGGUUUCCAUAGAAGAUUCAGCUGAAAUGAACUUUCUUUUACUUUAUUUGUCUCCACUUGCAAGUGACUUCAGAAAGUUUUGGAUAGGAUUGUUCAAAAAUAUUGAUGGGGAAUGGAUAUGGACAGACAGAAAUGCGGUAGAAUUUGUCAACUGGGAAAAAGAAGAGCCUACAGCAAUUUUUGAUGAACACUGUGUUGAGAUGGAUGUCUCAAGUGGAACCUGGAGCAACUAUUACUGCUCUGUUGAGCAGAAUUUUAUUUGCAAAAUCCCAAAAAUUAUUGAAGUUGAGCCAACCCAUGAUUCACCUGUCAAUAAAGCAUCAAAAAAUGAAGCUGCUGCUUCAUCUGCAAAUAGUUUAGGUGGAAUGAUUGUUAUACUGAUCUUCCUUCUGCUAUCAGGAACUGGCCUUACAUGCUAUUUCUUCUAUAAAAAAAGACGUGAUCGACAAACAAUUACAGCCAGUUUUGACAAUGCCAUAUACUGUGGUGAUGCUGACUCUGGAACUCAUGAAUCAAAUUGUCUUGUGACCAAUAUUGAACAAAAUGAGCAGGCAACAGUUUAAUAAGCAGGGUAAUCUUGGGCCUGAUUUUGAAAGGAAUUAAAGUGCUGGAAUACAAGAAUUCUUAAGGCAAAGCAAUUUUCUCCCAUGGAAAUUCUAGUUCAUUUUGCACGGGAUGCUUCUUGCUUUCUUUACUAGCAGGAACAAGCAAUCUUGCAAGGCAGAUCCAGAGAUCUGCUCACAAACUGUAGUACCUGGGAGGACUGUUGAACAUACAUGUGGAGCUACACCGUGUAAGUGAACACUCAGGAGGUUCCAGUCUCUGCAUGGGUCCAGCAUCACCUUUAGGCACAAGAAGAACCAUGCUCACCGCAGGCAACUGAGAACGUGAGAACGUGCUCCUUAGCAUGCUCCAAAAAGUAUAUUCAGAUCUGCAGGUAUCCUGAAAAUGCCACCCUGAUCUCCAGCACAGACUGGCAGAAUUGCACAGGUUGGACGGGACCUCCAAGCUCAUCUGGUGAAGGUCCCUGCUCAAAGCAGGACCAGCUCCCUGCCUCAGCCAGGCAGCCUGGUUCUAAGUAAAAGUUCUUCUUAAACAGAACAAUUUAUCAUAAAAGCAAAAAUAACAGGAAGGAGGGAUGGGAUUAUUAAAUUUCUAUACAUGAAUGAGCAUCCACUUUUCCUAGUCUAGCAUGUUCUUAAAUGGCAGUAACGAUUUGUCUUUACCAUCUUGUGAAACAGUGUGUCUCAUUGCUUCUUUAUCCCUGACAUUUGAAAGUUUACCCUAAUAAACAUCUAAUGA